CUUCUCAAUUGUUCCACCUCGUCUAUUGAACAUUAGUUCAGGCUGACUUUAGCCCCCAACCCUGUUGUUCAUGUACCGGUAGUAGGUCACGCCUCGUAAGCGAGUCAAACAGAGGUGCCUACUAGCUUACAAGGAACGCCAUCCUCGAUAUUGCGAUGAAUUCACGGCCCGAAACCUUAUUAAGCACCACCUCUAGGACCGCAGCUCAAUUCAGCAUGCCUGCGGACGCCGGCCCUCCUCUUUCUUCCUGCUCCGACCCAGACGAGCUAGAAUGCCCUGCCCAUGAAGCCCUCUCGAAAGAAGACAUUAUUCUGGAAAUUCUCCCCAGGCUCCCCUCCCUGUCAGAUCUGGCCAGAGCCUGCCUGGUUUGCCGCGCCUGGCGUACGGCGGCUACCCUGGACCUCCCCUGGCGGCGGCUAUACGUACGGCAGUACGGCGAACCGCACGACUGGGAGGCAUGCGGCAGCUAUCGCCAGCAAUGCGCCCGCAGAGCCUGGCUGCGCUGCCCCCGCCCCGCACCGCCACUGCCCGGGGCCCCAUGCCCCGGAAUGCCACUCGAGCGGUACGACGAAUUGUACGGCAUUACGACACUAGCCGUGGCGUACGAUCCCGUCACUCAGUCGCUCAUACGAGCCGUACGCUGUCGUACGCUGCUGGGCGAUGGAGCGCGAGUGGCGGUGGAGGCGCUUCCGCUGGGUCAGUCGCGACCCGUGGGUCAUCAGCAGCUCCGGGAACAGCGGCGGAACCCGGAGGAGGAGGAGGGAGGCAGCGAGCGACGUGGUACGGCAGGAAUCCGUACUGCAGGAUCCGCGUCUGUGGAGGUGACGUCAGCAGUGACGGGUGGUGUUGCAGGGGAACCGCAAUGGGUGUGUAUGCUGUCUCCCGAUGGACAGCUGCAGCCUCCACCCCCACCUCCGCUUUCACGACAACACGCGGUAUCGGAUCCCGCUGACGGCCGUGAUGAUGACGACCAGGAGGGCCCUUCCGCAUCAGGUAACGGAUCAUUGGACUCCCUCGUCAGGGAUCCGUCGUCACCUUGGUCGUCGCCGCCGGACCACCGUACGACACCCAAUGCGAUGACGUCAGUGGCGGCAGCGACGUCAGUGGCAGCGUCGGCAGAGGCGGCGGCGGCUGAUAGCGACCUCCUCGCGGCUUUGCUGCCCUCGGUAAUGUGUACGGCAGGGGGGCUGCUGUACCUUCCCGCCGGACCCAUGGGUCGUGGAGUCGCCGUGUGGGACCUUACCUCUGCCACCCGCACGACAGAGCUGCACCCGCCCCCGCCCCUGCACCCCCAAACACAAUCCCCGCACACGCACACGCAACCGCACCCACACACGCAGCAGCAACCCCUGCUGCCGUACCCUCGUGCUGCCGUACGACAGCCCCUGCUGCCGUACUGGUUGGUUCCGGAGGCUCAUCCGGGUCGGUUGCUGGCUGCUGCUGCGGACGGUCCGCUGGCGGUGAGCGGCUGCGAGGGCGGGCGGCUGUGUUUCUGGCGGGCGGUGGAGCGGCGGCAGCUGGGGUGGGCGGACAUACGGGGACUGACGGGGCUGCCGGUGGUACCGGCGUUCCCGCAGCUGGGAGCUCCUUCCAGCACCCUCCGACACCGCCUCCGCCUCGCUGUGUGUGCCGCAUCCGGCCUAGCUGCCGUACUGCUGGCGUCACCGCUGUCACCCGAGGUCCGCGUGUACAGGGCCGCGGAGCUCCUGGGGGGGACACCCGCAGCAGCCGCAUGCGGAGGCGGCGGUGCCAGGUGGGAGGAGCAGGCUGGCGGAGGAGGAGACAGAAGGCGACCCGUGGGUCAGUUGCUGCACGUGUUGGCGCUGCCGGGCGGGGCGCCGGGGGACGGUCUGGCGCUGUUCCGCGGGCGGCUGGUGACGAUGGCGGUGCUGUGCAAUGACGUGAUGGGGGCCCGAUUCGGCGGCAGCGGCGGCAGCUCGGUGCUCAUCACCGUAACCGCCGCCGUUUGGAGGCUACCUGGGGCCGUGUUGGCGGG